AACCCGCUUUCAUUCUCUUCCUUCCCCGAGUCCUUUAUUUCUCAAUUCUCAGGCAAAGAAGAUAAACCCCUUUUUUCUGUUUGAUGUUCACCCAAAAAAAUGGAAGAAGAAAACUCAUCAUCAUCAACUGACUACACCAUGAUCACUACAGAAGAUGAUGAAACCCUAAGUAGAGUUUUCUCUCAGCUAAAACCAUACUGUUUACAACUUCUCCAAUUUCUUCAAAACCCUAAAAACAUUACAACAACAAAAGCAGCAGCAACAACAGUCUCUCAACUUCACGGGUUUCUUUUUCAAUCUCCUCCUCAUACUCUACAACCAUUUCUUGAUUAUGUGUUGUUCCCAUUACUACUGCUUCUUGAUGGAGCUGUUGCAUCAAGAUCAUCACAAGAAGGGAAAUCAGGGCAUAUGCCCCAUCCAGUGAAUGAUAGUAUAGCAGAAGGUGUACUUAAGUGUCUUGAGGAGAUUUUGAGGAAAUGCCAUUUAGGGUCUCUAAAUCAGAUGAUUGUAGUGCUGAAAAAGUUAACUUCUGGGGCAUUGCUUACACCAUCUGAAAGUUCUGAAGAAUUUCGUGAAGGGAUAGUUAGAUGCUUUAGAGCUCUGCUUCUUAGGCUUCACACCUGCUCAAGUGUGUCUUGCAUAUGUAAAGAGAUUCCCAGCCUGCCUGCUUUUGCAGAAAGCAGCAUAUUCCAAACACCCUUAGAUUCUAAAUCAGAGCCAGAUGAAUGCUUGCUUGCGUUUCUUCAGUCACACGACGCUUCUGCUGCUGUUGGUCAUUGGCUCUCACUUCUUCUCAAAAUAUGUGACACUGAGGCUAAGCGAGGGCACUGUGGAAGUGCAAGGCUCCGUGUAGAAGCCAUUUUAACUCUUAGAGUGCUUGUUGCUAAGGUUGGGACAUCAGAUGCUCUAGCUUUCUUUUUACCUGGUGUUGUCAGCCAAUUUGCAAAAAUUUUGCAUGUCUCGAAGGCAAUGAUAAGUGGUGCGGCUGCAAGUACAGAAGCAAUAGACCAAACGAUAAGAGGGUUAGCAGAGUUUCUGACGAUAGUCCUCAAGGACGAGGCUAAUCUUUCUGGUCUUGGUAUACCUGUAAAUGAUAUUUCUAGUCCUCAACCAAGCAAAAAUAAGUCCAGCCAAGUGUUUCUGGAGGCACUUCGUCACCUUCCAAACACAGCAUUAAAAGAAAAUUCCAGUCGCCAGAUCACUUGUACCAGUGUCUCCACAAUUGAAGAGAAGAGUAGCUCUGAUUCCUGCAGAGACGUACGAUCUUUAUCUGUUAGACGUACAAAAGACUGGAUUGAGCAAACAUCAGUGCAUGUGGAUAAAUUAUUAUCUGCAACUUUUCCUCAUCUUUGUGUGCAUCCUUCAGAAAAGGUUAGACGAGGACUUGUAGCUGCUAUUGGAGGACUAUUAUCAAACUGUAGUUUCACGAUGAAGACUAGCUGGUUGAUGCUUUUGGAAUGCUUAUUUGUUCUGGUUUGUGAUGAUUCAGAUGAAGUGUCUGUUGUCGCACAAGAGUCUAUUGAUUGUUUCCUCAUGCUGGGUGAGAAAGAACUUAUAGAAGGAGAAAUUGCUGAGAUCAUUAACAGGAUGAUUGAAAAACUUCCCAAAGUGGUGCUUGGAAGCGAGGAACCUAUUGCGUUAUCCAAUGCCGAACGAUUACUUGCAGUUAUGUACUAUGCAGGCCCUCAACUUCUGGUGGACCAUUUUCUUCGAUCUCCUGUAACAGCUGCACACUUCUUGGAUGUUCUAACUAUCUGCUUGAGUCAGAAUUCAGUUUUUGCGGGUUCUCUUGACAAGCUUAUAUCAGCAAAGCCCCUCUCAGCUGGAUACUUGCACUCAAUUACAGAGUUAAAAUCAGGUUCCCGCUUGAACUCUUCAAAUAGGACUGGUAAUUAUGAAGCUUCAUCUAAGGUGUCUGAAAUCCCAAAUAUUCGUGAAGAAGUUUCACAAAGUUCCCAUGGUAUUCCCAGCCAAGAUUAUGAAAUUCCACGGAUGCCUCCUUGGUUUUUUCGUGUUGGUAGUCGGAAACUCUAUCGAACACUUGCAGGGGUUCUCAGGCUUGUUGGUUUGUCUACUAUGGCAGAUUCCAGGAGCGAAGUAUCCUUAUCUAAUAUCAUCGACAUUCAGUUGAAUUGUCUGCGUAAGUUGGUUUCUGAGGUCCGAAUGAAGAGAUAUUUUAAGGAGAGCUGGCAGUCUUGGUAUACCAGAGGUGCCUUGGGACAAGUUUUGCGCCAAGCAAGUACUGCAGUUUGUAUAUUGAAUGAAAUCAUGUAUGGUAUGUCAGAUCAAUCAAUUGAUGAAUUUUCGAGAAUGUUCCAUAAGUCUAAGUUGACACAUGAGGAACAAAGAUCUAUUGGUCAGUCAAAUGAAGUAGUGAAUGCUGUAAUCAGCAAAGUUAUUUGGAAAGUUUCCGAGGAAAAACGAAGAAGUGGGCAUAUGAUUGAUUGUGUUGGCAGUAUUAUACAUGAAUAUCUGUCUACUGAAGUGUGGGACCUUCCAAAAGAUCAGAAAGUUCCUUUUCAAGAGUUGGACAGUGAAGCUGAGGGCAUUACAUUGCAUUUUAUCAAUGAUACAACAAUGCUGCAUCAGGUUAUAGUUGAGGGAAUAGGGAUCUUCAAUAUGUGCUUGGGGAAAGAUUUUGCUACCAGUGGAUUUCUUCAUUCUUCACUUUAUUUAUUACUUGAGAACCUUAUGUGUUCAAGUUACCAAAUAAAAAGCGCUUCUGAUGCUGUCUUAUGCUUAAUAUCUGCUUUAUCUGGUCACCCAACUGUCGGAGAAUUGGUUGUGGCUAAUGCAGACUAUAUUAUUGAUUCUCUAUGUUGGCAACUCCGUCAUUUAGAUCUAAAUCCCCAUGUUCCAAAUGUGCUUGCUGCUAUGCUUUCAUAUGUUGGAGUAGCUCAUGAGAUUUUUCCAUUAUUAGAGGAACCGUUGCGUUCUGUUACACUGGAACUUGAGGUUAUCGGCAGACAUCAGCACCCCAUUCUAACUAUUCCGUUUUUGAAGGCUGUUAGUGAAAUUGCCAAGGCAUCAAAGCAUGAGGCUAUUGGAAUGCCCGGUAAAUUGGAAUCAUAUUCCAUGUCUGUCAAAGUGAAGGUGUCUAAUAUGAAAAGGUCGGCAAGAAAGCAACCACAACGAAAUCACAUGUCACAUGAUAUUGAUGAUGCCAACAGCGUUGAUAUUUCUUCCAUGGAUUCAGAGUAUGCUGAUACCAACGGGGAUGAAGUUGAUAUGGAUCUAGAAAAGUGGGAGGAGAUGCUGCUUAAGUUGAAUGAGUAUAGAAGAUAUAGAAGAACAGUCGCCUCUGUUGUUGAAUCGAGUUUAAAAGCUGCAACACCUCUGCUGGCUUCGGUCAAUGAAGCAACAUGCUUGCUAGCCUUAAACAUAGUUGAGGACGGGAUUACUGCACUAGCAAAAGUGGAAGAAGCUUAUAGGCACGAGAAAGAAACAAAAGAAUCAAUUGAACAGGCAAUCCAGUUCCUGUGUUUUUAUGAUCUUCAAGACAAUAUGGAUGCUUCUGCUGAUGAAGGAAAUGAUGAGAACAGAUUGCUUCCUGCAGUGAACAAAAUUUGGCCUUACUUGGUCGUUUGCGUUAAGAAUAAGAACCUUGUGGCAACUAGAAGAUGCUUAGGUGUCGUAAGCGGUGUAAUUCUAAUCUGUGGAGGCGAUUUCUUUUCUCGUCGUUUCAUCCAAGAUGGGUUCCACUUCUGGAAAUUAUUAAGUACAUCCCCACUCCACAAGAAACCAGCCUUCAGUGAGUCAAAAACGUCUCUUCAGCUUCCCUACAGGAGUGCUUUAACAAAUCCAGAGGACUCUAUUGCCGAAUCAUCAAGUCUGAAAGUUCAAGCAGCAGCUCUCGACAUGAUUGCUGAUUUGGCCAAGAACAAAAGAAGUGCGUCAGCUUUGGAAGCAGUUCUAAAGAAGGUAAGUGGCUUAGUUGUGGGGAUAGCUUGCAGCGGAAUUCCGGGUCUUCGAGAUUCUUCAACAAAUGCAGUAUUAGGACUCUCAUGUAUCGAUGCUGAUCUCAUUUGGCUUCUCCUAGCCGAUGUUUAUUACUCCAUGAAUAAGAAAGAUGUUCCUUCACCACCAUCUGUAGAUUUACCUGAAAUCUCCCAGUUACUGCCAUCUCCUUCGUCGUCAAAGGAAUAUCUGUUUGCUCAAUAUGGUGAGGUAAGUUUUGGAUUUGGCAUUGACUUUGCUUCUGUAGAAACUAUGCUUCGGAAAUUGUAGGUAAACGUUUUUCUUUUCCUUUAGCAAAUGUACAGUUAAAAAUGAGAUGUAAAAUUAUAGUGAGCAGUUAUUCUUUCAUUUUUUUUAUUUUAUCAUCACAAGUCAAGGCUGAAUUACCGAUGAUGAUUACUACUGCUUCAAGAAUGUUAUCUAAAUAGAACUACUGUGGUGUCUCGCGAGUAAUGUUUUUGAAAGUGAUAUUAAAAGGUAAAAACCCUUUCUAUGGACGAUA